AUGCAUAAACAAAGUUCAUACAAAGAGAUUAUGAAGAUUAUAUUUCAAUACAUAUGGAACGUGGAAACCUUCAUUUGUAUGAAAGAUGAAAUCUACCAAGCAACUAUAGAAAUGCAGUACAAGGCAUUGCAAGAAGUAUUUGAUUGUCCCUUAGAGCCGGUCACUGCAGUUGUGCUAGGUGAUGAAGCACAAGGAAAAACCACUUUCUUAAGAAAAGCAAUGUUGGACUGGGCGUCAGGAAAGUUAUGGCAGAACAGAUUUCAGUGUUUCUUCAUCUCUCUCAUCGCACUUAACAAUGUUACAGAGUUGAGCCUAGCUGAGCUGAUGUUAGCUAAGUUGUCUCAGUCUUCAGCGACACUGGAAGAUAUCUUAUCUGAUCCAAAGAGAAUCUUGUUUAUCCUGGAGGGACUUGAAUACCUGAAAUUUGACUUGGAACUCAGGACAAACUUGUGCGAUGACUGGGGGAAGAUGCUGCCGACACAAGUUGUCUUCAGCAGUUUGCUACAGAAAGUAAUGCUCCCAGAAUCCUCUCUGCUUCUUGAAUUGGGAAACCCAAGUGUACCAAAAAUCUAUCCCUUGCUGCGGUAUCCAAGGGACAUAAUUGUUACAGGAUUCAAUGACCCAUUUACAAAGUGCUAUUUUACAUAUUUCUUCAAAAAUACUCAGAAAGCCUUACAAGUCUUUAAUUAUUUACAAUGCACAAACCAAUUGUCCAUUGUAUGCAGAUCCCCUUUUUUAUGCUGGAUGGCCUGUAGUACUUUAAAGUGGCGGCUUAAGAGGGGAGAGGGAAUGAAAUCAGUUGGUGUGACAGAUUCAUCUAUCUACACAAACUUUAUGGUGAGCGCAUUCAGAUCAGUGUAUGACAAUUGUCCAUCUAAUCAGAACAGAGCACGAUUAAAGACCCUGUGUACCUUGGCUGCAGAGGCAAUGUGGAAACAGGUAUUUGUGUUCACAUCUGAGGAUCUCAGGAGGAAUGGGAUAUCGGAAUCUGAGAAGGCAGUGUGGCUGGGAAUGAAUUUUCUCCAGUAUCGAGGAGACGGCUUCAUGUUUUACCAUCCUUUGCUACAGUCGUAUUUCGCUGCCCUGUUCUAUUUCCUCAGACAAGAGAGAGGCACAGCUCACCCCAUCAUUAGAAGCCUGCCCCAACUUCUAAAAGAAGUUUAUGUUCAUGGCCAAACACAAUGGCUCAUGACAGGGGCAUUUGUGUUUGGAAUUGCCACUGAAAAAGCCGCUGCCAUGCUAAAACCACUCUUUGGUUUUAUACCAUCCAAAGAGGUAGAACAGGAAAUUUUCAAAUGCUUGAGAAGUUUGAGUCGAGCAGAGUGCAGUGAGAAACUGAUGAAUGCCCAGAGUUUGUUUGAGAGUCUACAUGAAAACGAAGAAAGAUUUGAAACACAAGUGAUCGAUUUAUUUGAAGAAAUGACUGUUGAUAUUAGUAAUAUCGAUACAUUAUUGUCGGCUGCAAAGAGUCUGGCGAAAACUCAAAAAUUAAAGAAACUUCAUGUGCAUAUACAACACAAUAUUUUUUCAGAAAUCUAUAACCCAGAAGACGGUGACUUAGAAGACUUUGAAUACAACAAAAGAGUCAAUAUAAAACACUGGAGUAUACUUUGCGAAUGUGUCUACAACUUGCAGGUGUUGGAUCUGGACUGCUGUAAUUUCAAUGAAACUGCCCUUAAAAUUCUCUGUGCCUCAAUGUCUCCAUCUUGUACUUACCCUCUAACUGCAUUUAAGCUCCAAAGCUUGUCGUGUCCCUUCAUGACUAACUUUGGAGAUGGUGCAUUAUUUCACAUAUUUCUUCAACUACCUAACCUGAAAUCUGUGAACCUGUAUGGCAGUAAUCUCUCCAAUGACAUGGUUGAGAAUAUGUGCUCUGUGCUGAAAUGUACAACAUGCGGAGUGGAGGAACUACUGUUGGGGAAAUGUGACAUCUCAAGUGAGGCUUGUGGCAUGAUUGCUACUUGCCUAAUCUACCGCAAGGUGAAACAUCUCUCGUUGGUUGAAAAUCCCUUGAAGAACAAAGGAGUGAUGUUACUGUGUGAAAUCCUGAAGCAUCCAAGUUGUGUCCUGGAGACACUGAUGUUGUCACGUUGCUGUCUCAACUUCAUUGCCUGUGGCCAUCUCUCCGAAGCCCUGUUGUGCAACAAAUACCUCUCUCUUCUUGACCUGAGUUCAAACGUCCUGAAAGAUACUGGAGUUAACAUUCUGUGUGAAGCUUUGAAGGACCCAAAGUGCACCCUUCAGGAGUUAUGGUUGUCUGGCUGCUCUCUCACUUCAGACUGCUGUGGGGAUAUAUCUGCUGUCCUUACUAGCAAGAAAAAUCUAAAGACCCUGAAACUGGGCAAGAAUAACAUAGAAGACGCGGGCAUCAAGCAGUUAUGUGAGGCUCUGAGGAAUCCUGAUUGUAAAUUGCAGUGUCUUGGGUUAGACAUGAAUGACUUCAAAACUGACUGCUGUGAAGACCUUGCCUCAGCUCUCACCACAUGCAAAACACUGACUAGCCUGAACCUCGACUGGAUAACCUUCGACCACGAUGGGCUGCAGCUGCUGUGUGAGGCUUUGAGUCACAAAAGUUGUAAUUUGAAGGUGCUGGGACUGGACAAAUCUGCAUUGACUGAGGAGUCACAGAUGCUACUGCAAGCUGUGGAAACGAAGGGAAAACUGGAUAUCUUACAUUGUCCCUGGGUCAAAGAGGAAAGCGAGAGGAGAGGUGUCCGUCUGGUAUGGAACAGCACGAACUGAUCUUGAAACAACGGCUUUUCCUUCGUCAUAUUUCUCCUGUGUACCCUGUCCCAAGUUGCACACCUGGUACUGGUAGCUGAUUCCAGGGUUGUUCUUUCACAGUGU